AUGUUAACGAAGUUUAGUUUAGUAUUUCUGCUAUUAGCAGUUUUAAUUGGUGUUGCAAACUCGCAUUUUGGUAUGCUCAUGGGACCACCUCCAUUCGGUUUCGGUCCUCCAGGUCCAGGUGGUAACGGCGGUGGUCCAGGACGUCCACGCCCAGUAACAGGUUUUGGCCCUGUUGAUUAUGUUAUUAAUUCUGUUAUAAAUAAAUUUCAAUGUUUUGGACCUGGUGGACGUCCUGGUUAUCACCCACCCAAUGGUGGGCCAUGUUAUGGGCCUGGUGGUAAACCUGGUUACCGCCCUCCUCCAUGCAACUCACCUGCUCGACCAACGACUUCUGCACCAACAACAGUAGCAACUACUACAACAACAACAACGACAACAACAACAACAACAGCUGCACCAACAACAGCUGCCCCAACAACGGCUGCAACAACAACAGCACCUGCAUCCACAACUCCCAAUAUUGAUGACUAUUAUGAUUAUUAA